AUGGUACCAGGCUCGUCUUCGGCACUGAAAGCCUCGCGAGGCGUUACUUCGAAAGUACUCUCAUCGACAACGCAGGGAGCCUUGUCAGGUGAGACACUUUCGAAGUCGGGCGCUUAUCACCCCGUACAAGAGCAGCGUCCUUCAGCGCCAUCCAAAGGAGAUGAAAAGGGUGGUAAAGUCGACAGGAUUAAGGAGACAUCGCUGAAGCAGUCAGAAGCUCCAACCAAGCCACAAUCCAAUCAACGUGUCUCUACCACGCAGAAUUCCAUGGAAAGCAAACUCAACACGACCCCUAAACCUGCGUCGCAAGGCAUUUCUUCGGAGUCCCUGGUGGGCCACUCACAGCCCCAGCAACCAUCGCAGGCCGAUGGCGAUAGACUGACCACAUUUCCUCCAUUUGCCGUUGGUCCAAAAGACAAAGUCAAAAAGUUCUUAGAGUCGCAAGGGCUGGGUGAUUCCAGUGAUACGCCUCAGCAAAGCGCUAUUGACCACCUCAGAUCACGCCCUCCGACUCCGUGGCCGGGCGCUGCAGUAGAUCCGGAAUCUCUUCAAUCAGCUGAUGACGCCCGACCCCCAGUCCCAUCUCAUCAGUUGCCUCGUGUGUCAACGGCAAUAGACGAACUUUCAAAUGGGCCAUUACUUAAAUCGACCGUGAGCACAAAGCCUGAGGAGCUUAGCUUGAAAGACCUCGGAAUUUCACAACCUGACAUUCCCUUGCGUCCCUUGCCGCCCAUAUCUACUUCCCGAUUCAGCUUUCUGCCCAGGGAGGACGACAUCUCGAUUGUGGAUGAUCCGGCUCUAUUGACUCCAAUCACUGAGGUACCAAGUGAGCUUUCCCGGGCGAACUCACCGGUCGAUCCGUUGAUAGGGGUUUUGAAGCCUCGCCCAAUAGUUGAACAGCCUAAUCCUCCUGUCAAGAAACCUCCGGUCCAGAAGCCAGCCAAGAUGCCAGCCUCUCAUCAUGCUGCACCAGCAGCCCGUGAAGUUCCCAAGCCGCACCCACCACCGUCAUCCACAGUGUUAUCUUCCAUCCCAGACAGACCAGGGACCCCACAAGUGACGGUCGGCUUGCUGAAACCUAAGCAGAAAACGCCCGUAAGCUCAGCAAGCCCUCAGGCCAGACCAAAUCUAGCCUCUGCUAAAAAGCUCGAACGAAAACCAAGCAAACUCAACAUCGCUACCAGUAGCGGCGCAAUGGAGAAUGACAGUCGACGACAAUCUGAGACAAUAUCAGGAAAGCAAUCGGACAAUCCCAACGUAAACCCGCCGCAACAGCGUCUUUCAUCACCCUUUAACCCAUUAAAGACCAAUCAGCAGGCUUGGGACUUGGAGACAAUCGCGAGUGAAGACAGCUGGUUCCAGGAGAACGAGGAUAGUGAUGGAAGCGGCUCAGGAGAAAGUGGUCCUCGACGUACUCCUCCGGGUCCGGUGCGAGCCAGGUUGACGGUUGAGACGGUCGAAUGCACAUUCCAGCCGCCAGCUCAGACCCCGGAUCUAGAUCAGGCGCAGUAUGAUGGUAUGGGCCAGACAAGGAAUGAAUUCUUUCCACCCUGGGCGGUGGGAAGUCAGGCAUUAUCGGAGGGAGCGAGGGAUUUGAGGACAUGA